UCUUUUUCACAAUUACCAACGAAAAAAGCAUGUAUGUAUGGUGAAAAAGAUUUUUUGUCUGCGGUUCUUGGAGUUAUAAAAGCACAAACGCAUAUAUGUGUGCAAUUAUGAUUUAUGCAUUGAUCAAUAAAUUAUAAUCAUAGUAAAAAAAAAAAAAAUACAAUCAUAAACACUGUAUAUACGAACUCACCAAUUUAGUUCAUAUGUACCUAACCCAAAUAAAUUACCAUUGACCUCGUCCCUCCGUUCUCUCUCUAUAUAUAUCCACUCUAUCAAGUAUUCACUCACACAAAAACACAACCAAAUCCCAAAAAAAAAAUACCAAAACUUUUCUUGUUUCGUAACUAAUUAAUUAAUAUCAGAAUUAUACAAUAUAAUCAAUUACAGGUAAUGGCUCGUCCAAGGAUCUCCGUCUCGAUGAUUUGCUUACUGAUUUUGAUUGUUGGUUUUGUCUUGCAAUCUUGUCAAGCUAGAAAGGUUCUAGUACCUUACCGUACAAGCAAGGGUUUGUUUCUUAGUGCCCUACCCAAGGGCAAUGUACCACCUUCGGGUCCAAGCGACAAGGGUCACACUUCUCCUCCGGAUGAUUCCGAUCAGCGUAUGGUACCGGAAAACUCGCCGGAGAUUUACCGUCGACUGGAAUCAGUCCCUAGCCCCGGUGUGGGUCAUUAGACACAUUAAUUGAUUGUCGACUAUCACUUCAUAUAUGUUGAUAAGUUGUCGAUUUCUUUUCAUAAUAAUAUCAUAUAUCGUACGUACGUCUUAUGAAGAAUGUUUGUGUAUGUGUGUCUUCAUAUAUAAUUUGAUAUAUAUGUGUUUGUGUGUGGUCUGUUAUAUUGAGUAAUAAAAAAUCACUAUUUUACACUUUGACUUGUCCUUUUUGACUUUUUCAGAUAUAUAUGUUAUCAAGUAUUUCAAAUAUGUAUGUAACGACAUGCAGCUUUUGUCUGUUCGAACAUAUGUAUUAUAGAAUUAGAGAAAAUACGUUUCAAAUGAUAUUUUUUUUAUGAAUUACCUUUCAAUUAUCGCUUCGAAAAAUUGAAGUUUUCAAAACUAGUUUUUCAUAUAGUUUUUCGCAUUAAUUGAGUUCACGGGUGAAAUUUAUUUUAUAAUUAAAAAGAAGAUAAAGCCUAACUAUAUCAAUAUAAGAAAAUUAGAAAGUUUCAGAAAAUUUGAUUAAAAUAUAAAUAAAUCCUCGUUUUAUUUACGAGUGUAUUUAGUACAGAAGAACUAAGUAAAAUGAUCCAUUUGUGGGGAUAUAAGGAUAUUAAUAGUUGCGCAAG